AUAAUUUAUUCCCAAACAAAGAAAAAGGCAAAUCGCGACCCGUCUCUCUCUCUUCUUAAAAUCCAAAGAUCAAAAAAGCGACACUGAAAAUGGAAAACCGGUCAGAAAUGGGUAACCGGAGGCAGCAGAAUCUCUUCCUCAUAGCUUCUCCCGACGAGAUUGAUAAGAUCCGUCGAGCCGAAACUUCCAGUCAAGCCGGAGCUAUUGCCGGAGCCAAAGCAGCCGCCGUAGCCGCCGUCGCCAGUGCGAUUCCCACAGUAGCUGCGGUUCGCGUGUUCCCGUGGGCAAAGGCAAACCUCAACUACACAGCUCAGGCACUCAUUAUAUCUGCAGCUUCUAUCGCUGCGUUCUUCAUAACCGCGGACAAAACCAUUCUACAAGGCGCGAGAAGAAACACCGAGGCUCAGUUAAAGAAAGCUCAGCAAGACUCUAAAUAAAUUCUCUUCUUAUUGUAACUCAAAUACUCAAUCAAUCACCAUGUUUCUCUGUUUUUGUAUGCAAGUUUUGCCUUGUUUCUAAAUAAAAGUGUUAUUAUUACAAGGAAUAUCAAAUUUAUAAAGACCA